AUGCUGGCCGCGCAGACGACAAGACUCACAUCGCAGCGUCUGUUCUCUCGCCUAGGAUUGACAGGCUCUGGCGCACGAGCGAUGAGCACCACAGUUCGACCGGCCACAGAGCCGCUGGUGAUUGCGCCCAAGGCGCUCGCCUCGCUCAUGGAAAAGCAGGACGGAAGCAGCAAGCUGCGCAUCCUGGAUGCCACAUGGUUCAUGCCCAACACCAACCCGCCGCGCAGUCCUCUGCGGGAAUUCACGGUGGGGCCUCGAUUGCCGAAAGCCCAAUUUUGGGAUGUGGACAAGGUGGCCACCACUGGUGAAAGCGUUCGCAACCUUCCGCACAUGAUGCCUUCUGCUGCCACCUUUGCGCGCGCUGCGUCGGAGCAUGGCAUCGAGCCCGAGACGCAUGUGGUGGUGUACGACACCCACGGCGUCUUCUCGGCACCCCGGACCGCAUUCACCUUCAAGGCGUUCGGCCACUCGAACGUUUCGGUGCUCAACGGCGGGCUGCCGGCGUGGAUCAACCACGGCCUGCCUAUCGAGGAGGGAGAGCCAAGCUCGGCUGCCAAGACAGACUACCCGGAGCCUGUUCUUCAGGACGGCAUCAUCCGCUCGUUCGACGAGAUGGUGGCCAAUGCCAAGAUGGGCGCACGCGGUCAGACGGUGUUCGAUGCACGAUCCAAAGGCCGUUUCGAUGGCAGCGACUCGGAGCCCCGGCCCGGGCUCUCCUCGGGGCACAUUCCGCACAGCCUUUCUCUCCCGUUCCCCACGCUGCUCAAGACCGAAACAGGGAAGGAUGGCAAGACGUACACGGUGCUCAAAGACCAAAUCGAGCUGUGGAGGACGCUGGGCGACACCGUAGGCGGCACCGAGGCACUCGACAAGCUGCGCCAGGCUUCGAGCGGCGGUGAGCUGGCAGCCACCAAUACGUGCGGCUCGGGCAUGACGGCAGCGGCCAUCUGGUUGGCGCUGCAGGAGAUUGGAGUGCAGAGCAGCAUCUACGACGAGAGCUGGAUGGGUUGGGCCUCGCGGGAGAGCGAGGGCGUGCCCAUCGACAAGAACGUAUGA